CUCUGCCUUUCUCUCACUCUCACCCUCACUUUCACCCUUUCUCACUCUCACUCGUUCUCUGUCUCCCUCCCUCUAUCCCUCCCUCUCUCUCACACACACACCUUCUUCCCCAACCCCAAAAAAACCGUGCCAAUCUUCCUGCAACCCCCGAAACAUCCUGCUUCGUCGUUUUGGCCGCCCGCCAUUUUCAGCUCCCGGAAGAGGCCGGGGGGAAUAGAGUUACCCCAGAACAUAGAGGCGGGAUACCAGGAUUCCAAGAGCAGCCCACCUGGAUGACGACACCUCCCCGGAGCUUCAAUCUCACCCAGGUCUCUCGUCGCCCAGUCCGCUUGCCGAGCAUUCCCCAACCCCGCCUGCAGCGUUCCACCAGCUGCCAUUCCGACUUUAUCUCCAUUAUCCGACGACACGCUACGGUACGAUACUAUUUGAUACGAUACCACUAAUUUACGUCUCGUCUUCCUUUCUUCUUGCCUCCGACGAGUGAAGACCGUCCCGACGAAAAAUACCUCUUAAUAACUCUCUUCUCGCGCUCUCUCUUGUCCGAGACUUCGGGACCCUCGUCGACAUGGUUACCCGUAAGCCCGUCUCCGACGACAGUUCCAUCGACGCCAACGCCGGCACCCCGCGCGUACAAGACAUGCGAAAGGAGCUCUGGGGGGGUGCCACCGACUCCCCUUCAACCGACGCAGGCAGCGUCUGGGACGACGCCCCCCAGCAGAAGGGCGCCGCUGCCCUGAACCAGCAAACGAUACCAGAAGACAUCACCGAGUCGCCCAGGCCCGCAGGCAUUGCGGUACAGGGCCCUUAUAUGACCAAUGGUGCUUGGGGCGACGACAACAUCGACGUCCAAGGUCAAGACCAUCGACCUCCAACCGUCGGCCAACCGACGACCGACGCCAACAGUGUUCCGCUGGUGCUGCGGCCGGGGCCACCGCCUGCACGAUCCGAUACAAAUCCAUUCAAGAGGAAGGACUUUCGGGCUGACACCGACCAGACAUCGCCGCCGCUGGCCAAUAGUCCCCCGACGGUGCCACCGUUGCAGCCUCUGUCGCAAAUGAGCACUGGUGAGAUGAGUAACAAUCCGUGGCAACCCGCUCUCGAUCAUCAUGCUCAAAGAACUGCCACCGCUGCCACCGCCGCUACGGCAAGCGCUCAACAGUCUCUCCGCACCCAGCACAGCGGGGAAUCGGAGCGCGAUGCAUGGGCUGCCUCCCAAGACCCGAAGUUGCCUGCGAUAUCAACAUCCCCGGCCCUACUGUCUCUGCCCUCUGAACCCGCAUCUCCCGCGUGGGACGAGCUGCCGGAGAAUCAGACGAAGAAGCCGGCGGAAGAGCAGAAGCCAGUCAGUAACGAUGUUGCCGGAGACCAGCACGCGUGGGAUGACCUGGGCUCGCAAAACAAGGGCAAGGCGAAGGCUGCUGCUCCCGUAAUACCUCAUCCUUCCACUGUCGAGGACGCUCCCAUGGAUGAUUGGAAUCUUAUUGAUGUUGAACCACCUGCUGGUCCGCCGCCGGGCAGGUCGCACGUGACGGACCAAAACCCCGAAACGUCUGAGCGACAGUCCGCAGAUGAAAAGUUACCUCCAGCUCUGCCACCACGACACGACGAAGAGGUUCCGCCCCGGCAGCCGCCACGUCCCGUAGACGGCAAGUCGGAAACCUACCAGAUCAAGAACGUUGCCUGGUACGACCACAGCGCCGAGAAGAACCCGCGCAUCUCGCCCAUCCUCGUCCAAAACGCCAACGGGCCGUGUCCACUGCUGGCACUGGUCAACGCGCUCACGCUGACGACACCGCCAUCUCUGUCAGACACAGCACUCGUGCAGGUGCUCCGUUCUCGGGAGCAAAUCAGCCUCGGGUACCUUCUAGACGCCGUCGUCGACGAGCUCAUGAGGAGAACGCAAGAGUCACUGCCCGACGUAUCUUUGCUUUACGGUUUCCUCAAGGGCCUCCACACGGGCAUGAACGUGAACCCGCGCUUCGUGCCGACGCCCGAUAUUGUAAAGGCCUUUAAGCGCACCUCGCUGACCCAUCUGCACCCGACGGAGCGCGACGACCUGAUCCCGGGAACUUUUGAAGACACCAAGGAGAUGGCCCUGUACGCUGCUUUCGCCAUCCCGCUGAUCCACGGAUGGCUGCCAACCAAAUCGGACCCGGCGUAUGCCGCCUUCGAGCGCCAGGCCGCCUCGUUUGAAGACGUGCAGACACUGCUGUUUCGGGACGAGGAGCUCCAGGAGAAGCUGGGCACGUUGACGGAGGAAGAGGAGGAGGUUUUUUCGGACAUACAGGCGAUAAGAGCGUUCCUGGAAACAUCAGCAACGCAGCUGACGCCGUCGGGUCUGGACGUCAUUACAAGAGCCAUGAGGCCUGGGUCCUUCGCCAUCCUCUUCCGUAACGACCACUUCUCCACGCUCUAUCGGCACCCUUCGACGCAGCAGCUGCUUGUGCUCGUUACCGAUGCGGGCUACGCCGCGCACGACGAAGUGGUCUGGGAGUCGCUGGCUGACGUGAACGGCGAGCGAACCGAAUACUACUCUGGUGAUUUCCGCCUCGUGGGCGGCGAGGGCGAGCAGUCGCAAGGCAGCUCCCGCGGGGGCCAGGCGAGCGUCGGCGACAACGGUUCGGGAGGAGGCAAACCUAGAGUCGACACGGGAGACGAGGGCGAAGGAGGCUGGUCGACCGUGCAGGGUCGCGGGCGGCAAAAGAAGCUGGAGCCGCCGUCGCAGUCAGACGAAGCACCUCUAUCGCCCAACCACGAGCAGGAAGACAGAGAUCUCGCACUGGCUCUCCAGCUACAGGAAGAGGAAGAGCAGCGGCACAGAGCCGAGCAGUCAGCUCGUCGGCGGGAAAGUAUCUUGAGCGAACAGUACAUUGAGCAGCAAGCACGUCUGCAGCAAGGCCCGACGACGAGGCGUGUGGCCAAUAGGCAGGCCGUACGAGCGGGCGCCCCGCGCAGCAACAGCAUCGGCAACAUUAACUCGACAGUCUUGCAGGGCAGCCGGCGAAACUCGAACAGCAACGCGGCUGUGCCGCCAACAUCGGGGCGUCAGCCAGGUCAACCGCCGCAGAUGGUGCGGCCACUUGUGCCACCUGUGGUCCCCGUCCGCCGGUCAGGAGUAAAUCGGCCGGCGGAUGAAGGGUUGGACGAUGCGCCCCCGACGUACGAACAAGCGCAGGCGGCAGCCAAGUACGAGCCGCCACCCGGGCAUCCACAUCACGCAAGCAGCCCGACGGUUGGGCGGCAAGGCAACAACGGCGGGGCCGGGCCGUCUUUUCCGCCUCGGCCGAUGGUGGGCGGCGGGCGAGGCCGGGUAAUGGGACCGGGCGGAGUGGUUGGCAGCUCUCAAGCGGCUAGAGACCGGGACUGCAUCGUCAUGUGAAGAUGGGAAAUGGGACAAUGGAAGCGUUGUGGCGUCCUUCAUGAAGAGGCGUCGGUGGGUUUAACUUUCUAUCUGCAUUCAUUUUGCUCGCCGGCAUGAGUUCAUCGCAACCCCUUUGUUUUUGCGAGAGAGCGAAGCAGAGUCGCGAGUCUUGUUUUUAUUGUACAAAACAUCUUUUUCUUUUCUUAGCGGGAUGGCGUUGGAAAACAUGAAUUGGGAUCAGACAGGGGCGAAUUGAAGAGUAAGACU